UAACUGUUAACCGCCAGGAGACCCGGCAACGUGCGCAUCCUGCGUUUGGUGUGGCAGUCAGAACCGCGGUUUAGCUGCUCCCACCGUCUGCAUUUCGAUUUACUCGCUGGACGAGUAAGUCAGCAGGAUGGACGUCACAGAGGAAAAUAUGACACCGAAGGAGAUGCUUGAGAAAAUAGCUGAGCUGGAUUAUAGUCAAAGCCAGCUGAGGGGCCUGAAUGCUGAGAUGAGGCGCUGGUUGGAUGCUGCAGAUGAUGAUAUGGCAAUGCUGCGCACGGAAAACGCCACUCUCAGAAAACAAGUGAAAGCCCUAGAGAAGAUCAUCAGUGAAGCGCAGCAGGUUGAAGCAGAGCCUUGCAGGUCCCUCCUGGCUGAGAACCUCGACGAAAAGAGAUGCAGUGAAAAGAAGAUUCAGAAAUUGGAGAAGGAAUGCACCAUGACUUUGGAACAAAAUAAGAAAUUAACCGCAGAGCUGAAGAGCCUCCAGCAAGAGAGAGACCAGGACAAGAUCAGCUUGACCAAGCUCAGGGCUGCCCUUCAAACCCUCGAGUGUGAAAUGGAAGAGGCUCAGUUAGGGCUGCAGCAUAGGGAUGAGGUUAUUCAUCAGAAAAAUGUGCGGUUAAAGCACUCGGAGGAAACAGAAGAAGAGUGUUCCAACAUCAUAAAGGAUCUCAGGCUGACAAAUCAGGAGCUGAGGAAGCAGUUGGAGGACAGACUGGAUGAGGCUUCAUUCGCCACUGUGAAUGCCCUGAUGAGAGAACAGGAAGGAUCACUCGGACCCCCUUUAUCCUUCGCUGAGGAAAUGAAGCUGCAGGCCUCUUCAGCUGAAGUGAAAGCCAGCAUGUCAGACCCCGCUGAUCUUAGACAUGAGCAAACUGAGGCCGAGCUGCUGAAACCUCAAAGUCUCACAGUAGACCUUCAGACCAAAAGGUGUGCUGGUAUCUUUGAGGGAGCUCGAGUAUUUGUGCUGUUCAUCUUCAUUCUCACCGUUUUGGCCAUUGUGGCUUCAGGAAGCUGUGCAGGAAAUUUUUUUCCCAUCAACACCUUGUGGAGCGGCGUACGCCUGACGUUACAGCCCUAUUGCAGUGUGCGUUAUGGGACCUUACCUCCUAUUUGAUGUAAACACUCCCUCUUAUAAACAUGUUUAUCUGGC